AAAAACGCGCGACGCAUACACCUUUCGGACGAGAACGCGUUCAGAAGUCCGUCGGGCAUGAGCGCAUGAAAGUAAAGCCGAGUGCUCCAGGGGCCAUCUCAGUGAUUUACCCGCCAAGAACCUCAAAGAACUAUCAUCCGCGAUGUCAAAUGUCAUAUACCUGCGAUGGGCUCUGUUGCUCUUUCUCUGCUCCUCGGCUGAGCCCGGGAAUACCCGGGUGCGACGACAGAACCGAUCGGAAAAGCUACUGGCCGAUAUCGGAGUACAUCCCCAGAGGUACAACCCGGUGAGGGUCAGGAACGGAAUCCCGCAGUACACCUACAUCGAUAGGAAUCUGCGGCACCUGUUCAUCAACUCCAGGCAGCUGUCGCUCAGGUGGGCUCUGGGGAAUAUCAAGGCGUUGAGGCGCCGAGGGGAGCAGGAGGGAAAACUGCAGGACCUGGUGCCGAAGCAGGAGCCCUUCCCAUGCCCCCUGAACAACACGCGGUCCAGCAGUCCUCCCACUUCCAUAGAGCAGCUGCGGCCCGGGGACAUAGACAUCAUAGCUGCCUUCGGGGACUCCCUGUCGGCGGGCAAUGGGAUUCUAUCCAACACCGCCCUCGACGCGAUCAACGAGUUCCGAGCGCUGACCUUCUCGGGCGGCGGCAUGUCCACUUGGCGCCGCUUCCUCACCCUGCCCAACAUCCUCAAGAUCUUCAAUCCCGACCUGUACGGCUUCUCCGUGAGCAACAGCUUGGUGGUCAACCAUCGGCUCUCCCGGUUCAACAUCGCCGAGCCGAUGAUCAUGUCCCGAGACCUGCCCUUCCAGGCCCGCGUUCUCAUCGACCUGAUGCGCCGGGACCCCAAGGUGGACAUGAAACGGCACUGGAAGCUCCUCACGAUCUACGUGGGCAACAACGACAUCUGCUCGGACAUGUGCCACUGGGACAGGCCGGAGGACUUCCUCAAGCAGCACGAGAACGAUCUCCGGCAGGCCUUCCGGCUGCUGCGCGACCACGUUCCUCGCCUGCUGAUCAACCUGGUGGUGGUGCCCAACAUACCCAAGGUGCUUCGCAGCAUGACCCACCUUCUGCCGCUGCAGUGCUACCUGGUCCAUCGCGUCGGCUGCAACUGCCUCAUCGACGACACCCUGAACAGCACCCAGCUGCGGCAGCGCAAGGAGACCGUCCUCCGGUGGCAGCGGAUGGAGAUGGACCUGGCCCGGCAACCGGAGUUCCACCGCGAUGACUUCGCCGUCGUGGCCCAUCCGUUGAUUACCAACAUCAAGGCACCCACCCUGCCCGAUGGCGCCUUCGACUGGCGGUUCUUCUCCCACGACUGCUUCCACUUCAGCCAGCGCGGCCAUGCCAUCAUCGCGAAUCUUCUGUGGAACAGCAUGCUGUCGCCGGUGGAGCAAAGGCCGCAUCCUGUCAAGUUACCCGACCCGUUCGACUACGUCAGGUGCCCCAGCCAAGAGCAGCCCUAUUUUGUGGUUAGACCUGGCUAGGAGAGUGGGGCCAAGGUGGGUGGGGGUUAACUUACUUUUUCAAGUGUUCCUGGGAGCUUAUUUAAUGCCAUAUCCAUAGGUCUACUUAUCAAGGCUGGAAUUUGUUAAAAUAACUUAUUUUGUAAAUAAAUUAGAGUUAGUUCUUCAUGGAAAUAAACAUAAUAUAACACAAAAUUUAAAUUGUAGUAAGUGGGUGAUAGAAAUAUCCUUGCAGGGAAGCUCUAUCCCAAAAAUAGGCAACUAUAUAUUAUGAAGUACUUCUCCAUUUCAUUCAAAAACUGCAUAAAAUAUUUACAUUAUUUAUUUCUCAUUAAUUAAAGCAUCCUGAAAAGGAAUACCUCAACCCAU